AUGCCGUAUAGCGAGACCGUGAUCGAACAAGCGGGCCCUGAAACGACGCUUAACAAUGCCGGCGUCAAGAUCUUCUACAGAACGUACGGUCAUGGUCCUACAAAAGCUCUUCUCAUCAUAGGUUUGGCCGGAACCCAUGAAUCGUGGGGACCUCAAAUCAAGGGAUUGACGGGGACUGAUAAACCCAACGACCAAGACGACGACGGAAUUCUUUCCGAUGAUUCAGGAAUCGGCGAAGGCGUCGAGGUAUGCGCUUUCGAUAAUCGUGGUAUGGGUCGAAGCUCCGUACCUACCCACAAAUCUGACUACACAACAACGAUAAUGGCAAAAGAUUCAAUUAAUUUGUUGGAUCAUUUGGGAUGGAAGAAGGCUCACAUUAUUGGACAUUCUAUGGGAGCAAUGAUAGCUUGCAAGUUAGCUGCAAUGGUGCCCGAACGGGUUCUUUCUCUGGCGUUGCUUAACGUUACAGGUGGAGGUUUCGAAUGUUUCCCCAAGCUUGACAGGCAAACCCUUUCCAUUGCUAUACGUUUUCUAAAGGCAAAGACCCCUGAACAAAGGGCAGCAGUUGAUUUGGACACACAUUAUUCAAAGGAUUACCUAGAAGAAAACAUAGGAAGUAAUACAAGACGGGCAAUCUUAUAUCAGCAAUAUGUAAAAGGAAUAUCAGAGACUGGAAUGCAGUCCAAGUAUGGGUUUGAUGGCCAACUUAAUGCGUGUUGGUUACAUAAAAUCACGAAACCAGAGAUCGAGCGGAUCCGGUCGGCUGGAUUUCUUGUCUCAGUCAUUCAUGGAAGACAUGAUGUGAUUGCCCAGAUAUGCUACGCAAGAAGACUAGCGCAGAGGCUGUAUCCCGUUGCUAGAAUGGUGGAUCUUCAUGGAGGUCAUCUUGUAAGCCACGAGAGAACAGAAGAGGUUAAUAAAGCUCUCAUCGAGUUAAUCAAGGCGUCAGAAAUGAAGAAAAUACCAACUGAUUGGACUAACCUCAGCAUUGAAAACCCUGGUUAUUUCAAGAAGAGAUUAGCAUUUGUUAGAAGCUCAUCAGAAGGCAAGAUUGCUGCCUCUUCUGCAUCUUUUAUACUUGAAAUGUUCCAGCGCUUUCUACUUUUCCUCUUCGGGAUCCUGGUUUUGGCUUUUGAGCAUGCAAGAAGAGCUUUCAGGGUUGUAAAACCCGUCAAAGUCGGGCCUUCUCUGACAUAA